CCCGGUGCCACGUCCGGCGUGACGUUGCAGGAGGUCCGGGUGAGAGGAGUCGGAGGUUCGGCAGGUUGAAGGAGUGUCAGACAUCAUGGACCCAAACGCCAGCGGACUCACCCAGCAGUUGGCCAAAGUGGGCCAGUCUCACCUCCUGCAGUUUUGGAACGAGCUGAACCCUGAGGAACAGGCCGACUUGAUCCUUCAGCUAGAAGAAAUGGACUUUGAGGAGAUAAACGGAUUCUUCCGGAAGGCCAUGGAGAUGUCUGGCAGCAGCAGACAGGGGAAGAUGGACGGGCGCAUGGAGCCCGUGCCCCGGGAGGUGCUGGGCAGCGUCACCAGGGACAGGGAGAGACUCAGAGCCUGGGAGGCAGACGGCCUGUCGUGCAUUUCUCAGAGUCAAGUGGCGGCUCUGCUGCUAGCCGGAGGCCAGGGAACCAGACUGGGGGUCUCUUACCCCAAAGGCAUGUACGACGUGGGGCUUCCUUCCUCCAAAACGCUCUUUCAGAUUCAAGCUGAACGCAUUUUGAAACUUCAGCAGCUGGCUGAGAAAAAGCACAAAGUCAAAUGUUGCAUUCCAUGGUAUAUCAUGACCAGCGGCAGGACAAUGGACUCCACCAAGGAGUUCUUCUCACAACAUAACUACUUUGGCUUAGAAAAGAACAAUGUCAUGUUCUUUCAGCAGGGCAUGCUACCAGCCAUGGACUACCAAGGCAAAAUCAUCCUAGAAAGCAAGUGCAAGCUCUCCAUGGCUCCUGAUGGGAAUGGAGGACUUUACAGAGCUCUAGGAAAGCAAGGUGUAAUUGAUGACAUGGAGCGGAGGGGAGUCCAGUUUAUCCACGUGUACUGUGUUGACAAUAUCUUGGUCAAAGUGGCUGAUCCCACAUUUGUCGGCUUCUGCAUUCAGAAGGGAGCAGACUGUGGAGCUAAGGUGGUGGAGAAAACCAAUCCCACGGAGGCUGUGGGUGUGGUCUGUAAGGUGGAUGGGCGUUAUCAGGUGGUGGAGUACAGUGAGAUCACUUUGGCAACUGCCGAGAAGAGAAGCAGUGAUGGACGGCUGAUGUUUAAUGCAGGAAAUGUAGCAAAUCACUUCUUCACAUUGUCCUUCCUCCAAGACAUCGUACAGAAAUAUGAGCCACAGCUGCAGCACCACGUGGCCCAAAAGAAGAUCCAGUAUGUAGAUCACCAGGGACAACAAAUCACCCCUCACAAACCCAACGGCAUUAAGAUGGAAAAGUUUGUCUUUGACAUCUUCCAGUUUGCUACGACGUUUGCUGUGUACGAGGUGCUCAGGGAGGAUGAGUUCUCCCCGCUGAAGAAUGCAGACAGUCAGGAGGGGAAGGACACGCCCACUACAGCCAAACACGCUCUCAUGUCCCUCCACCACCGCUGGGUCCUAAAUGCCGGGGGCCACUUUAUCGAUGAGAACGGCAGACGGGUUCCCGCCAUACCCAGCUUGAAGGAUGGAACUGACCUACCAAUCAAAUGUGAGAUCUCCCCCCUGGUGUCUUAUGGGGGAGAGGGCCUGGAAGAACUUGUGAAGAACCGAGAGUUUUAUUUCAUGGUGGUGAUCAAUGAAAACGGGAUCCAUGAGCUGGUGAAAAAUGGUGUUUAGUGAACAAGAAGGGACACAAGCCAAAGAAUCCUCUUCCUUUGUCUUGUCUUUUUAUGAUGUCAUCACUGUGCAAUAAAAAUGCUGCAUUUGUGUGUUUAAUCAACAUUAACAUCAUGUUGAAAAUGAAGGCUUUUGUUUUUGGUACUUUUGUGAGCAGCAUUUGAACACAGCAUGAAGGACAAACACCCUUUAGACUGACUGGAAAAAGUAUCUGUUUAUCUUCCUGAUAAAAAUCUAUUUUUAUAUCUUAUGAAAUUUUUGACAAAUGGAAGGAAAUGUUCAGGUAUUCUACUGAAUCUUUUUUUUUUCUGCUAGAAAGGACUGGGUUUAAAUUAUUUGCAUGUAAUCGAGGUACCAUAAAUAUGUUCUCUAUUUUUAGAAGAAUAAUGGAAAGAGUUCUGAUAUGUGAUUAAUGGUCAUUAAAUGAAUAUGUGCCAAU